CGGGCCGGGCACGGCGCUUCCUGGCGGCCGCUUUGGUUCCGGGGCGCCGCUGCCUGGAGACGGCGCUGCCGAGCGGGGCCGCUCCGGUACGGCCGGGCCGAUUCCUGCCACAUCAUGUCAGGAGACAGCGACUGCACAAGGACGAGUCCAUCAGCAGGGUCUCCAUCCGACAAUGAAUUCUUGCCGGAUCGGCCCAAGUAUGUUUGCUCGCUGUCUCCUGAUCUCAUUACCAAAGCCCGUGAAGAGCUCCAAGAGAAACCUGAAUGGAGGCUCCGCGACGUGCAGGCACUCCGAGAUAUGGUGUGCAAAGACUAUCCCUCCUUGGGGACGUGCCUGGACGAUGCUUUUUUGCUAAGAUUCCUCAGAGCCAGGAAAUUCGAUUACGAUCGAGCGCUUCAGCUUCUGGUGAACUACCACACCUGUCGGAGGAGCUGGCCCGAGGUCUUCAACAAUUUGAAGCCGUCCGCAAUAAAGCCUGUCCUAGAGUCUGGUUUUGUCACUGUGCUGCCUCGUCUGGACCCAGAGGGACGCCACAUCGUCUGCAUCCGUCCAGACAGAUGGACACCCAGUAAUUAUCCGAUUACUGAGAACAUUCGUGCCAUAUACUUAACGUUAGAAAAACUCAUUCAGUCCGAAGAGACCCAGGUGAAUGGAAUUGUAAUCCUGGCAGACUACAAAGGAGUCAGCUUAUCUAAGGCGUCUCAUUUUGGUCCUUUUGUAGCCAAAAAAGUGAUUGGAAUUCUUCAGGAUGGAUUUCCCAUUCGAAUAAAAGCUGUUAACAUAAUAAAUGAACCUCGUAUAUUCAAAGGCAUUUUUGCAAUCAUCAAGCCUUUUCUGAAGGAAAAGAUAGCAAACCGGUUUUUUCUUCAUGGCUGUGAUCUGAAUUCCCUUCAUCAAAACAUUCCUCCAGUGAUCCUGCCUGAAGAAUACGGUGGUACUUCAGGGAAGCUGGAUAUAUCAGCAUGGAAUGAGCUGCUGCUGGCCUCUGAAGAGGAUUUUCUGCAUGAUUUCUCACAGCUGGUACUCCCAUGUGACAGCUCUCCCCAAGACAUGCUAGUGAGUGGGGAUGCUGAUGAAAAACAAUGCGAUGAUUCCCUGCGAGGCAUGAAACCUCAGCUCUACUACUGUUAUUAACAAAUCAGUGAAGGGAACCUUUCCAGCAGUUAAGACCUCUUCUGUUCUGAUAGGUGAUGUUGUGAACUCUGCCUUACUCCUAAACCCGCAGUUUAGGAACAGACUGCUGAGGCACUUUACACUAUAGAACCAAAGGAAGCUGAAGAGGGCACAAUGGGGGCAGGGCAGAAUUCACAGAGGAAAAAGGCAAAGAGCACAUAAUUGCCGAGUUACAUAGAAUACCUAAAGUUCAUUAACCUCUGUGGAUGAUGCAAACUUGCCUGUUGCUUCUCAUGAUAAAGACAAAAAUGCAGGAUGGUAAGCUUGAUAGUUUCUUCUCCCCACCCACUAAAAUUGACAACAACCAUAUGCUAGCUUUGUGACUGUCCAUUCCCUUCCCCUUCUAAAAACACACAAUAAUCCAAAAAAACCAAUUGCUAUUUGCUUUUGAACCCUGUGAAAUGUAGUUCUGUCAGCAGAGAUUGCUUAAAACAGUAAGAGUCUAACUUGGCCUGUCCCCUAUCUCUUGGUUCAGAGUGUAACUUGGCACUUCUGGAAUACCCGAACGAAUAUUUGGCUUGAAUUAACACAAAGGGAGACUUUUUUAAUCCAUGAAGACCAGUAUGGAAAUUCUCUCUGAAACUUCCUCACAGCAGGAAAUUAACUAUUACAACAUCAAUAUCAAGGCUUAAUAUAAACAGAUGCAAUCUUCAUUUGCAGAGAACAGUAAGUUUCUCAGAUCAGGUAAUGAGGCUUUUGAGUGGCUACAACUCCAAAUACUGAGGUUUGAGACCAAAUGAGAGAAAGCUGUCACCCACCUUCCCACAUGAUCAGUUGUUCUUUUCUUCAGCUGAUUGCUAUGAGGAAUUUGGUAAGUAACUCUCAUGUAGAAUUUGUAAGGCAGCUUUGUAGCAGCUGGCAUGACAUAUAGAAGGCAAUACUUCAUGUAAGAAAGCAAGGUGCUUCUUUAGCUUGUUACAUUGGACAAAUUUUGAACUUCGGUCUUUGUGAAACCAAAUGCAGACAGGCUAUUUGAAAGCACAUUCUUAAAUUUCCUGGUAUUGUAGCAUUUUGUUUCCUGUGCUUGUCUGCUCUUUUGUGAAGUGUUACAACUUUGGUUUCAGCUUUGUUAACCUCUUUUGUCUUUGUUCUUGUAUGAAGUUAGACUUCAAUAAUCUCCGUAAUAUUUACCCAUAGCUUGUAUGCCUGUGCUUAGAGGUCUUUGUCUAGAGACACAGCUAAGACUCCAAUGUCAAAUCAGGGUAAGAUAUCCUAUGUCUAAAUAAGCUGUUCCCACUCCAAGUUCAAAUGUUUAAUGGUCUAGAAUUAGAACUUAACUGUCGCACACUUUUUGCACAUGUUUUUCUGCACUAUAAUAGUGCAGAGCUGGGAAACCUCACUAGGACCAAGAAAGCGCACCCAAUUAUUUCAAGGUGAAAUACUUCACUGCUUGGUGAAAAAGAAAUCCCUUCUACCAUGAGACUUAUCUCUAGAGCAUUUUCUCUAGCUGAAAUCUUUAUUUAGUGCCAAGUGUGAUAUAAGUACCAGUUUUGUUUCUGUAAAUAUAAAAAAACAAAAGUAUCUUGAGAAUUUCAAACAUUCAUUUUUUUCAAAGUGCCAAACACUGUUUUGAAUGUCUUUUUCUCCUCUCAGACCCCCUACAGCAUGAUUGCACUGCUAAAAAACUUUCUCCACCACCACAGUAAUGAAUUUCUGACCUGGCAGCAGACCUCAUCCUGGAACUAAGGGUGGCAAAUGCCAGACCUGUCAUCCAAGCAUUAUAAAAGGAGACUAGGUUUUGAAAAGGGGUAAGCCAUGAAGCUUUUUCCUGGGUGGCAGUUCAGAAUUUCAGUGGGAGGAAGGAACUCAUCACUUGACCUGCUUUAGAACAAAGGUGGGAAGAAAUUAACUUCCCUCACUUGAAGCAUCUGAUUUUUUCCUACCUUUGUAAGUUAAGACUUACUCUUAUUUGACAGUUACUACCUUAAGCAGAGGAAGAAAAAUAUCUUCUACUAUAUAAAAUAAGGUAAAAGAGUAACACUAGCCACUUUCUCCUCACUUCUGACCAGAAUUGGCUGCAUGUUUUGCAGAGAUUGAGUUCCUUGUACCACCUAGCAAGACAUUAAUACACAGUACACGACUUAAAGGUAAGUGGCUACCCAACCCGUUUAACUGCCAGAACGCAGACUGCUCUGGUGUUUGUAUUCUUCAAGUGCCUCUUAAUUGUAGCCACAAUGUAUAAUUAAAAAAAAGUAUUUUGACAUGUCUGCUAUAAGAACAGCUACUUUGACCCAUCCACUUGUAUAAUAACUACUAGAGAGGGAGGGUGAAUAUUCAAAAUUCAAUUUUAAUAUCCCUUUAAAAAAAAAGUGGUGGCCAACAGAAGGUGGCACUUGAGGAACCUUUAAAGAAACCAAACCCUUUUUCAGGGUCUUAGAUUCUCUUGCAUGGUAGAGAAAGCAGAUCUUACCCUCCCCUUUUCUGUUCUGCUUACAGUGGAACUAAAUCAUCUGCUUUAUUCUUAAACGUAACAGGUAAGGCUACAUUAUCCAAGCUGAAAAUAGCCUGUGAUAUGCCUCCAGAACUUUAUUCUUAAAGCUGGAUGCUUGAUGUCAGGAUACAUGAGCUAAGCCAGGCUUACCCGUGUCAAUCAUUUAACUAAUAUUCUAAAUUUGCUCUUCCUUGGCUUUAGAAUUUAGAGUGUACUAAGUUUGCAACUCUGUCUAUAACCCUUUUUAGGUUUGUAGCCAGUGCUUAGCUUGUCUUACAGCGAGCACAGCUCUGUCUCAUAUCUGACAACAGAGCCGAGGAGCGUUCUUUGAGCUUCAGCACUUACUAACAAAGAAGUAACUUUAGUCCCAGAAUUUCUUGUCAGAUUAGGAAAAUAAACACUUGCUUUAGAUAUAUAGUCUCCUUAUCUGCAGGUUAAGAGAAUAGAUAAGGAAAGCUGUUUAGCUUGGUGGUUGUGGUUUUUCUCCCCCCUCCCCACCUCUUCACAGCACUAAAACUGAUGUGAUUUUUUUCCCCCCCACACGAAAUAACUUUGUUUCCAGAGGUUACAUGCCUCUGGAAAUCCAUCCCUGCCAAAUCCAACACAUCCUAAGGAAAGGUACUCAAACUGCAUUGUGUAGUCAUGGCUUUUGGCAUUAAGUGGGAUAGCAGUUAGCUGCAUACUGUACAUAAAAAUACUUGAAUUUAUACUCUUGCAAAUGGGUGUUACAAACCUUGAGGUAUUUUCAGGAAGUGGGUGAAGUAAUUUUUUUUUGUUAAAUCAUUUUGGCAUGAGUUAAUCAGUGUUACUCAAACUAAUAAUUUUGCCUUUUUGUUGUACGUGGGCCUAGAGGUGUUGGGUGGUUAAGUGUACAUCUUAUUUUGACAAAAUUUAUUUUUAUAUUGCAUUUUAUAAAAUGGAGUGGUCAAAAUGUGUAAUUUUAUGAUGCAUGACUGGGUGAUUAAACACAUUAUUGUAACAGCU